AUGGGAAAUAUGUCAAGAGAGAAGACACUGCCAAACAGCAAGCAUGCCGAUGACCAAGCAAGUUUGGACAUGGGCGCUCUGCAACAGAUUCAAGAGUCCCCCUUUGCAUUUUCAUCCACCGCAGAGAAAAGACUCGUCCGAAAGAUUGAUAUUAUGAUCCUCCCUAUUAUGACAUUCGCCUACAUGAUGGCCUUCUUGGAUAAACAAGCCCUCAGCUACACAGCCAUCAUGGGCCUGCGAACGGAUCUCAAGCUCAGGGGAUCCGAGUAUAACUGGUCAGGCAGCAUAUUCUACUUUGGCUAUCUGUUCUUCUCAUACCCAGCCUCGAUUCUCAUGGUCAAGUUUCCGCUGGGAAAGUAUCUGGCCUGCAAUUUUAUGUUAUGGGCUAUUGUUCUGGCUUGCCAUGCCGCCACGACCAAUUUCGCCGGGCUCAUGGUGGCCCGUUUCUUCCUGGGGUGCACCGAGGCGAGUGUCUCCAGUGGUUUUAGUCUGAUUACUUCGCUGUGGUAUCGGACGUCUGAGCAACCACUCCGGCAUGGGAUCUGGUUCUGCGGAAACUCCAUCUCAAUGAUCAUUGGGAAUCUCAUUGCACUGGGAAUCUGGCAAAUCAAGACCGGCCUGGAGCCGUGGAAGUGGCUCUUCAUCAUCUUCGGCAUCAUCACCUUCCUCUGGGGCAUCCUCAUGUUCUUCCGUCUCCCCGACGCGCCCAAUACAGCCAGCUUCCUCACAGAAGAAGAGAAGCUCAUCGCCAUCGAACGGCUCAAGGCCAACAAAGCCGGAUACAAGCGCAAUAAGAUCGAUUCCGCCCAGAUCAUCGAGGCAUUCACCGACCCCAAGACCUGGCUGCUGGCCGUCAUGAUUCUGGGGUCCAAUAUUCCCAACGGGGGGUUCACAACGGCAAGUCCAGUCCCCAAGGUGAACACCACUGAUGCUAACACGCACCAGUUCUCAAGCCUAAUUCUCUACGGCUUCGGCUUCUCGACCUUCAAAACCUUGCUGCUGGGUAUGCCCGUCGGCGCUGUAAUCCUCGUCUUCGUCUUACUCUCCUCCACCCUAUCCUCCAAAAUCGAAAACUGCCGCUGCAUCGUCAUCGCCGCAGUAGGCUGCGUCAGCAUUCUAGGCAGCGCCCUCGUCUACGCCACCGACUCCAUCGCCUCGCGGUACGCCGGCCUCCUCCUGAUGGGCGUCUACUCGGUCAGCAUGCCCCUGUCUCUGGCAAUGGUUGCCUCGAAUAUCGGCGGCUUCAGUAAGCGGGCGACUGUCAGCGCGAUCUACUUCAUUAUGUACUGCACGGGGAAUAUCGUUGGUCCGCAGUUGUUUUUUGAGCGUGAGGCGCCGAGGUAUCAGAGUGGAUUCCAGGCGGUCAUUGUUUGUUUUGUGGUUGUUGUGGUGGUGGCUCUUGUUUUGGGGGUGUAUCUGCGGUGGGAGAAUCGGAGGAGAGAUAGGGUGGCUGGUCCUGUUGAGGACGCUGAGAAGCCGACGGAGUUGGUGGACACUACUGAUCUGAAGAAUAUGCAGUUCAGAUAUGUCUACUAG